ACAGUUAUAGGAGGUGUGGUCAGAUAGUUGGAAUUAGCUUCAAACUUCAUCAUGGAAAGUCAGGAUGAAGCUUUUGCUUCAUCAGAAGAGGCCACUCCUAAUAGACCACAUAUGACUUCGACAAAGGGAAAGAUUUCAGUUGAGACUUUGUCACGUGAUGAUCUAAUUAAGCAAAUCAAGAAACAAUCACUGAUGCUGCAGAAGAUGAAGUCAAAGUUUGAUGAAAUAAGUCAAGAGUAUGCAAAACUGAAGAAUGAAUCCAGACCUACUGACAAUGAGCAUCUUGUUAAUGAGAUUCAGGUAUUGAAAGCUGAAAAUGAUCAGCAGAAGAAUGAACUAAGAAAUGUUAAGCAAAUUGUAUUAUCUGUUGAGGAAGAAAAAAAGGCUGAACUAUCAAAUCUUAAUGAUCAAUUAAGUGAAGCAUUAUCUCAAAAAUCUUUGCUACAAGAGGAGCUUUCCACUUUAAAACUUUCUAUGGAAACAGAACUUGCUGCCUAUCAGAAGGAAAAGUUGCAACUGGAAUUAAAAGCUGCAGAUUUGGAGUCAUUAAUAAAAGAGGGGGAAAGUACAAAGAAGGAUUUAUUGGAAGAUGUUGCUUCAAUGAAAGAGACUUGUGAGAAAUUAACAACUGAAUGUAACAACUCUAGAAUACAAACGAUGACAUUAGAAGAAGAGCUAGCUAAAAAAAGUGACACAUGGGCUUAUGAAAAAGAGGAGAUGACCAAUCAUGUAAAGCAACUUGUUACUGAUAAAGAAACUUUACAGGCUAACUUUAAAGAGGAGCUAUUUCAAUGCAAACAAAGGGAGGAUGAACUAAUUUCUGAAGUAGAAAGGUUAUCUAAAGAGAAAGAGCAACUUCACCUGUCUAUUCAAGGAAGUAGUCAUCAAAAAAGUGGCUCAGAGGAACUGGUGGAAGAUAAGAAAAUGAAUGUGAAAUACCAGGAAUUAAAAGAAGAUCAUGAUCUCUUGUUAAUUGCUAAAGAAAAAUUGGAAAAGGACUUGGCUCAGCAGCUCCAAAAUUUCUCUGCUAGGGACGACAUUGUAGCUACACUAAGGAGCGAAGUUGAGUCACUAAGCAAUCAACUAAGUCAUGAAACAGCAGUGCAUAAAGAAGAGAUUAAGAAACUGAAGGCUUAUGCUGUAAAACUGAAAAGAGAACUCUCUGAGUCACUUGAGAAAGAAAAGCCAUUGCAAGAGGAAGUGAGGACAUUAACCCAAGCUUUAAUUGCUGAAAAAGCUAAAUUUAAUGAUAUGACAUCUUCAAUGAAUGAGUCACUUUCUGAUUAUGACAAUUUGAGUCAGCAGUUAAUUGAGGAAAAAAAGAACAAAGAAGAACUUUUGUUGAUGCUAUCGAAAUUGACUGAAGAGAAAGCUAUGAUGGAAGAUGCACAUAAUACAUCAAGGAGUGAAUUGGAGGCAAUAAAAGCCACUUCAUUAAAUUUUCAGUCACAAUUAACAGAAUCAUCAAGAAAAUUAAAUGAGGUUGCAGCUGAAAAUGAAAUUUUGCAUGAAACAUUAGCCAAAGAGAAGGAAGAACUAGCUGAGCUAAAGCAAAAAUUAACUAUGGCUGAAAAAGAUGCCAAAGUUUCAUCAAUGAUGAAUCUUGAACUGGCUGAUUAUGAACGUUCUGUUGAAACACUGAGAGGCCAAGUUAAAGAGAAAGAGGUGCAGCAAGUUGAACUUGAAAAAGAAGUAGCAUCCUGGGCAAAUAAAUAUGAAGAACUCUCUCAUGAAUUGACUAGUUGUAAGGAAGAUUCGUUUCAGAAAGACGAAAUAAUUACAAAAAUGAAGUCAAUGCUGCGUAAAAGCACGAAAGAAUUAACUGAAGCAAAGGCUCAGAUUACUGAGAAUCAUCAAAAAUCUAAUGAUACCAAAACAGAAUUGGAAACCACAAGACAAGAUCUUGAGAUGACCAAAGUUGAGAUUGCAAGGUUAACAGCAGCAUUUCAGUCUGACUUAGAACAAUCUCAGUCAUCUGUAUCCCACUACAAGCAACUGAUAAAUGUUCUAGAAAUGAAAGUGACAUCUCUUCAGACUGAAUUAAAGACCAGUAGUGAGUUGUUGCAGCUCAAGGAGCAGGAAUUCGAAAACUACAAAGUAAGGGUGCACUCUGUAUUGAAGCAAAAGCAAACUAUGCCCUCAUUAACUGAAGUGGAAAGCAAUUUAAGACAACAGCAUGAAGCGGAGCUGCUUAAGACUAAAUCAGAACUGAUUGAAACAAGGGAAAGGCUGACUAAUCUUUAUUCUGAUCACAGUAAUAUUGAGCAAGAGCAUCAGGCACUUAUUAGUACACAUAACAGUUAUGUACAUGAAAAUGAACUAAAACUUCAACAUUUACAUGAAAGGCUUCAGGAAUGUGAAGAAAAGUAUGUCAUUAAGACAAGGCAGUUGGAUGAUCUAGUCUCUCAGCUGCGAUUAGAAAUUGCAGAGAAUACAGCAGCUUUUAAGUCCCAAAUAUAUACUUUACAGAAGGAUCAUGAAUUAGAAAUAUCUUCAUUACAAGAUGAAUUGAAAAUAGCAUACAAGAACUUGAACCGGUUUCAACAAGAGUCCGACAGUGCUGUGCUUUCUAAAGUAUCUUCUACUAGUGCUUCUUCUCAAAUCAGUCAGGUCAAGGAAAAUAUGAGACCCACAGGUGACAUGAAAGUGUUACCAACUGAAGAAAGAUCUUCUGGAGAGGGUAUGGAUCGUUCUGAGUUAGAAGUAUUAGGAUUAUCCUUGCCUGUUGUAACACCAACCCCGCAAAGAGAUGAAGACAAAUUUGUUAGUUUUGAAAAUCUUCUUAACAACAGUUCAAAUGAGUUGUCUUCAUUGAGUGGAAGAAGCUUGUCUCCUAAAUUAGAUACACUUGAAGAUUUGAAAGAUCAAGUUGCAACAUUGACAAAAAGAGUUUCUCAUUUAACUGGAAUAUUACAUGAAAGUGAGGCAAACUGUGUACGUUACAUUGACCAGUCUAAACUACUCAAAGAAGAAAUCAGAAGGUUGGAGCGUAAUCAAGAAAGACAAAAAGAAGCAUCAAGUAACAUGGAGUAUCUCAAAAAUGUCACAUUAAAGUUUCUUCAUACUAACAAUGAAGAGAAGUUGAAGCUGAUUCCUAUUAUCACAAGACUCCUUCAAUUAAGUCAGCAAGAAAAGCAUUUCCUUCAGGAAACAAUUAAGGGAAGGAAAACUGAACUGCCUGAUCCCACUGGUGAUAGUGAUAACUCAGGUAGCGCUACUGGUAAAGGCUGGACAAACUACCUGCAGCGCUGGACUGGAUACUAAUUAUUAGUAUUAUUUUAAUUAAUACAUGUAUUAUGUAGUCAGUAAUUAAUCAUUAUUAUUAUUGCAACAGAG